AUGCAGCAGUCGGUCCAUGAUCACUUCAGCAGCUGUUCAGACUUGCGCGAGAUUAAUGAGGCGAAAGUAGCGAAUAUUUUGUCUUACUUGGAUGGUGCGGCGGCGGUCGGCGUAUACUCCGCAUCCACUCUUUCAGGUCUCCCCCUCACCGGCUCCACUCAAUAUCAGAACACCAACAUCGAAUCUCCUUCACUUCAUGGCGAGCAAGAAAAGGCCGCCUCAGUUUACAUUUCACCUACUGAGUUGUUAAUGCAAGCUCAGGAAGGGGCGGAAAACGCCCAAGCGACGUACUUGGGGAUCAAAAACAAAAUCGAACGACUCAAAUUCGAGAAAAACGAGCUCCACCGUGAGAAUGUGGAACUUCGGCAGCGCCUUGAAGGUUGGCAUGCACAGGAGGUGACUCGUCGGGAGGAGCUGAAGGCGACCUUCCAAAACGACCUCAGCGACCUUAAACGCGCGCUUUCGGCGCAGAAGAAAGCGACCUCACUCCAGCUCACCACCCUUACAAAAGAAAAAGAGGACCUGACGAAAAACGUCGAGGCUCUUUCCAUCCAACUUCGCCAUGAGCUCGCCCAUCGCGAGGAGGACCGCCGCGCGAUGGAAUCCGCCAAGGCCGCGACGAUUACAACCUUAAAAGGGAAAUGGCAGGUCCGGGAGCAGGCCGCGCGGGAGCGCUGGAAGCUGGCGGAGGCUAAACGCAUUAAAGAGACUACCCUGCGAUCGCUCGAGCCGGACAUUGUGUUGUUGUUAAACCGCCAUAAAGCCGAACUGUCUCGGCUUCGCGAGGGCUUCGAGAACGAACUCCGCCAGCGGGAUGAAGUCAUCGCCGCAAGGGAGGCUGCGGUGGACGAGCUUAAGUCGAGCCUCCAGCGGGACGCCGAGGCCGCCCUUCGACGGGAGCAUCAGGCCUUCGAGGCCCGCCUAGAUGAGGAAGUGGGGCGAAUGCGACGCCAGCUCAGCGAGGACCAGCGCAGUGAAAAGGCCAAAUGCCAGCAAAUGGAGUCCUUCUUCGAGGACCAAAAAAACACCCUCCAGCGCGAGAUCGAGCGGCUCGGGAGGGAGGUUUUGGAGCUCCAAACCAGCCUCACGAAGGAGCGGGCGGGGCUGCACGAGGCCGUCGCGGAAGGCGUGGCGCGCGUGACCGGGAAGUCCAAUAAUAUGUUGGAACAUCUGAAGGAGAAGCUGAUGCUGGAAUUCAGCUGUCGUGAAAAGGCGGCUGCCGAACAAAAUGCGCGUCAUUUGCACACCAAAGAAAAUGAACUGCGGAAGAAAUUUGAAAUCGAGCGCGACGCGGCGAUUCUGGAGGUGACGCAGCAGCUCAAAGCUGAGCAGGUGCGUCUGCUAAAUUCUUCCCGUGGUACCGAUGACCUGCUCAGGGAGCGGUACGGACAGCUUCAAAAUGAGAACGAACGACUACAUGUCGAGCUGGAACUUAUUCGUGAGCAGAUAAAAGCCGUGCUUCUUGCGAAGAAAGAAAAGGAGAAGGAAAUGGAAAGCAUGCGCGAUGUCUGCAAUCUUUCUGAGCUGAACAUAAAAGCAAUUGAGACUCGCAUCCGAUCACAGUACGAUUCCAAAAUGAGCAUUUUGGAUAAUGCAUGGCGUACAAAACUAAACGAGGUUGAAACUCAUCAUAUCAGCGAGACAUCUGAACUACAAACUCAAAUGGACGCACUGAAACGCGAACUUCACGCAGAGCGAAAUCGUUUUGAAAUAGAACAAAGUAACAUGGAGCAGAGGCAUCAUGCUGAACUAAACCACAUCAAUGAGCGCGUUUUAGUAGCUGUGACCAGGAAGGAUAAUACCAUUCAUACACAAGGCGAACAAAUUCUUGCCCUCCAAGAAACUAUCAAAGUACGGGAUCAAGAACUUCAGCGACACCGAACCCUCUUGAUGUCAUAA